AUGAAUCAGCGCCACCUUACGAUUGGGGUCCACGGGAGUUGGAGGUGCGCAUUCAGUUGGGAGGUGGAUGAGGAGUUGCACCGCGUCAGGAUGGGCUUUGUAGAGUGGAGUUGCCAAAUGAAUCGGCUUCAUCAGUGCACCACUCAACCGACGGAGGAGGACAAUAUGAGGGAAUCGGAGACGGUGAGAGUUGAUGGCAUGCGAUGGGUGAUGGAGUGGAUGCAUCGAGGGGUGGAGCAGAGGUGGUGCAUCAUCGAAUCACCACAGAAACUGCAGUGUUGUUGCAAUGUGAUGGAGGACCGUUGCUGGACAUUGGAGCGCUUGCGGUGA